UCAGGUAAAAGAAGGUGAAAUCAUACCUCAGUCUGUGUUUGUUGCGGAGAGUACCGCCAUCUUCUCGCUAUGUGUUCUCUGUGAGUGCGAUCUUCGAGAAUGGGCUCAAAAAUCGAAUAUGUGGACUCGUCCCAGAUUUACGCCACGAGCUACGUCCGCAACUCGAAAGCCAUCGGCGUCCUUUGGGCCAUCUUCACCAUUUGUUACGCCAUCAUCGGCGUAGUGUCCUUCGUUACCCCCGAGUGGAUCGGCGACACCGACAGCGAAACCCCAGGCAAAUUCGGUCUGUGGUCCGUGUGCUAUGCGGAAGAGACUGGUGAACAAUGCAAGGGCAGACUCGAUGACUUUAUGAGCAUUGCGAGCAGUGCUUUUCAGGCCGCCACUGUUUUUGUUGGCCUAGCGGUGGUUAGUGCCCUAUUGACCAUUUGUGCCAUGAUUCUGUUUUUCUUCUGUCAUUCAACUACAGUCUUUCAUGUGUGUGGAUGGACACAACUAGUUUCGGCAAUCUGCAUGAUCGCCGGUUGCGUGUGCUUUCCAGCCGGAUGGUCAGAAGACAGCAUCCGUAGAGUUUGUGGGGCAUCAGACAAGUACGAUCUCGGAAGUUGUGGCAUACGAUGGGCUUACCUACUGGCCGCCAUAGGUUGCCUCGAUGCCGUUAUUUUGGCUACUUUAGCGUUUAUUUUAGCUACAAGACACGUGAGACUGCAGCCUGACCCUCAUUACGCUCCAGCUAGCUUAUUUAAAGGUGAAAUGAACAGUGCUUUUGUCGCUGACACUGCCAGCGUCGCGGGGUCUAGGAAGUCACUCAACCUGCAUCCAGUUUUACUAAUGCAUCCCGGGCAAGAUGAUACAUACUCGCAAUUUUCACAACGUACAGUCCCAAGGUCUACACACUCAGGUCACUAUUCGCAUCCACACAGUUUACACCAUCAUAACUUUCAAUUGUAAAUUCCUGAACUUUUUAUAAAUUAAGUUUACUGAUACUGAUACUAUAAUACAAAAAAUAAAAUAACUUAUAUUAAUGGA